UACUCCUAUGUUGCCGCUGCAGCAAGCAGCAGCAGCAGUUGACAGGUGACAGAACCCUGCGACCCGCGCUGAUCCGCCGCUAAUCUGUCGUGUCGUCUGCUGCGGGUCAUCAGGCAUAUCAGGGCUAGUGACGGUACUGAGUGCUGAACUUGACGUAUCACGUCGUCUGCACGGUGGUUCUGGUGGUGACCGGUUGAAGUCAACUAUGAUGCUGAGGACUGCGGUGCGGAAGUCAAGCUCACAGCUGUGUGCAGUGCCUAAGCCCAUCCAAGAAUGCCGAUACCAAAGUCACUCUCCUGUCGGAAAUCAGAAUCAGAGCUGUCAGCUACUUAUUGUUGGUGGCGGCUCAGCAGGCUGCUCUCUCGCUGCUAAGUUUGCCUCCAAGUUGGGCCGUGGUAAAGUUGUAAUUCUGGAUCCGGCUGAUGUGCACUAUUACCAGCCUCUCUUCACUCUAGUUGGUGGGGGUGUGUGCUCUCUUGAAAGUACUGUCAAGCCCAUGGGAUCAGUUCUUCCAAAAGAUGCUUUGUGGAUAAAGGAUGAAGCAGUAUCUUUUUCCCCAACUGAAAAUGUGGUCAGAACUAAGAAUGGAUCUAGUAUCAAAUAUGAUAUGCUUGUUUUGAGCUUAGGCCUCCAGCUCAAUUUUGACAAGGUAGAAGGACUUCUUAAAGCUCUGGAAACUCCUGGGUCUGGUGUUGCAACAAACUAUUCACCAAAAUAUGUCUCCAAAACAUUCAAGGAACUAGAAUUAUUUUCAAAAGGAAAUGCUGUCUUCACCUGCCCCAGCACACCAAUUAAAUGUGGUGGAGCUCCACAGAAAGCAGCUUAUCUGUCCGAACACCUCCUGAGAAAGGCCGGCAAAAGAAAGGAUGCCAACUUCCUAUACAGAACUGGUGCAGCUGUCUACUUUCCAAGUCCCCACUAUGAGAAAGUCCUGUUUAAAGUAGCUGAAAAGAGGGGAAUAGAUGUUGCUUUGAAAGAAGACCUAGUUAAAGUGGAUCAUCUUAACAAAACUGCAACCUUUGUGAACAUGGAUUCAAAGAAACAAUCUACACUGGAAUUUUCUUUUUUGCAUGUAACUCCACCGCAAGGCCCACCUUCAGUCCUUGCCCAAACUAAGGACCUGGCGGAUGCUGCUGGCUGGGUCAAUGUGAACAAGGAAACUUUACAACAUGUUAAAUUUAGCAACAUUUUCAGCUUUGGGGAUUGUUCUAGUCUCCCCACAUCAAAAACUGGUGCAGCUAUUGCUGGGCAAUUGGGUAUCAUUGCAAGAAAUUUAUCCAAUGCUCUUAGUGGGAAACCAUUGGAGAGCAAAUACAAUGGCUACACAUCCUGUCCUCUAGUCACUGGAUAUGGCUCUCUCAUUUUAGCUGAAUUUGAUUAUGACAAGAAGCCUGUUGAAACACUACCAUUCGAUCAAAGAAAGGAAUCCAGGAUCAACUAUGAACUUAAGAAGCAUGUCAUGCCAGCUAUUUACUGGAAUCUCAUGCUCAAAGGCAUGUGGGAUGGGCCUGGCAUCAUUCGGCGCAUUACUAAUCCUUUUUCUUAAGGUUUCAAUACUUCAUAGAAAAGUUAAAAAAUGUAAUUCUAGAUAAAAUUCAAAUUUUUGCACAAGAUAGAGCGAAGUGCAAUCUGCUUUGUGUUAAAUCACAUCUCUGUUCACAUCUCUCUCUAGGUUCUUCUAGUUAUUAAUUGUAUUGGUUGUGGUUCUCACAUUGUGGCGGAAUGGUCUCUUUAACUUAAAUGUGAUACUUGGAAUUAAUUGUGAUAUGCAAGCAGUUCAAUGACAAAUUUUAGCAUAAUCAUGUUGGAGGAUGAAGUUUUGAGAAUAUAAUUCAAGGUCUUUUAUGGAAA